AUGGGACAUGUACAGAUUGCGGGUAACCUGCCUUUCCCUGCCUUGGUUUCAGAGUUAGUCUCUACAGUAGGUGUUUCCUAUCGGGCUGGAGAUACGAAGGACCAGAGAAGGAAGCCGUUAGAAUUUGAAAUAGGAGAACAUGUGUUCCUGAGGGUUACACCGACAACUGGGAUUGGAAGAGCAAUCAAGACCAAGAAGUUGAAUCUGAGGUAUAUAGGACCGUUUGGGAUUUUAAGGCGAUUCGGGCCGGUGGCGUAUCAAGUUGCUUUACCACCUCAUCUGUCUAACCUGCAUGACAUAUUCCAUGUGUCACAACUCUGCAAGUACACGUCAGAUGCGGCUCAUGUGUUGGAGCCUGAGUCGGUUGAGUUGAGGGAGAACUUAACCUUUCAAGUAACGCCAGUGAGGAUCAAUGACACUAGCAUGAAGAAGUUGCGAGGAAAGGAAGUCUCGUUGGUCAAAGUUGCUUGGAAGCGAGCAGGAGUUGAGGAGCACACGUGGGAAUUGGAGUCUGAUAUGCGAAAGGAUUAUCACGAGCUUUUCUCAGUUAGAGUUAGAAUUUGA